UUUAUGCACACUUCUCUUUCCUCUUCAUUUAAGAAAGAAAAAAAAACCCAAACCCACCAUUGUUGUUUCCAAAACAAUUAUGGAGGCUGCUGGUGAGGUUUUACGAUCUGGGUCUUCUCAGGAGUUGCAUGUUCUUGCCGUGGAUGAUAGUUACGUAGAUCGUAAAGUUAUUGAAAAGUUGCUGAAGGUAUCUUCUUGUAAGGUGACGGCCGCGGAGAGCGGGGCAAGAGCUCUGCAGUUUCUUGGUUUGGAUGCAGAAAAAGGGUCUCUGGGUUUCAAUGGUUUGAAGGUGAAUCUUAUAAUGACCGAUUACUCCAUGCCCGAAAUGACUGGAUAUGAACUCCUCAAGAAAAUCAAGCGGUCAUCAGCAUUCAGAGAAAUUCCAGUGGUGAUCAUGUCCUCUGAGAACAUCCUCACUCGUAUGGAUGGCUGCUUGGAGGAAGGGGCGGAGGAGUUUCUAGUCAAGCCCGUGAAACUGUCGGAUGUAAAACGGUUGAUGAAAGACUGCAUAACGAGAGGUGAAACAGAGGAAAAAGAAGGGAGAAGAGUCGACAAAAUGAAGUUAGAAGAAGACAAUAAUCAUACCUCAUCGCCGCUACUAUCCUCUCCAUCAAAUGCAACCCCUUCCGGUUGCGAUAUAGCAACCUCGGAGCUACUAUCUCUGCCUCUGCAGUCAUUAAAGAGGGCAAAAUUUUGUGUUGGUGACUAGUAUGGAUCAGUAGGUGAAGGUAACUUGUGUAAAAUGCACUUAGCAAAGGCCUAUUUAGAAGCUGACAAGAACUAAUUAGGCCCUGAAAGGAGGGGAAUGAAGAGAGACGUGGUAUUCAUUUUUUGUGCUGCAUGGAGGUAAAUUUGUUUCAUCACAAUCAUUGAAAUCCCAAAUAUAAUACACUACACGUUAUGUGCUUCAUUUGAUGAA